AUGGAUUUGGGACCAGGUUUAAGUAAGAGCGGAUACUACAGUAUCCUUGAUACAAUACAUAUUGCUGUUAAAAGUGUUGCUAAAGUUUUAUUUCGUAAAGCAGCACAAGAAGAAAAAAAAGCAAAUGAGCAAGAAGGAAAUAUUGCAGAUGAAAUAACAGUUUCGGGUGAUGGUUCAUGGGCAAAACGUGGCUUUACGUCACUACUAGGUAUCGUUUCUUUAAUCGGAAAGUACUCUAAUAAAGUUAUAGACGUUAUCGUUAAAUCUAAAGUUUGUAAAGCUUGUGAAAAGUGGGUGGGUAAAGAAAAUAAAGAUGAAUAUUUAGAAUGGUACGAGGAUCAUCAGACUGAGUGUACGGCGAAUCACGAAGGAAGUUCUGGUAAGAUGGAGGUUGACGGAGUUAUUGAAAUGUUUCGACGAUCCGUUGAAGAGCUCGGUGUAAAAUAUAAAAAAUAUAUUGUUGAUGGGGACUCCAAAACUUAUAAAAAUUUACUAGAAGCAAAUAUUUAUAACAAUGAUCCUAAAGUUGAAAAAAAUGAGUGCGUUUUACAUGUGAAAAAGCCUAUUAUGAGAAAUGAAGACUCUGUAGAAAAUAUGAGAAAAUCUAUAUGGGCAACCUAUUAUCAUUUGAUAUCAACUGAUGAAGAGCCCCAGCAUUCUUAUUGCCCAGAGGGUCCCGAUUCCUGGUGCAAGUAUCAAAAAUUGAAAUCUGAAGGUCAUGAAGAUACGUUCGUUCAUCCACCUGCUUUCGAUAAUGACACUGCAAAUCUUUUGGAACCAAUUUACGAAGAUCUGUCAUCAGAUGAUCUUUUGGAAAGAUGUUUAGGAAGAAACACACAGAAUAAUAACGAGGCUUUUAAUCAUUGUGUUUGGAGUUUUGCACCAAAACAUAUUUUUGUAGGCCAAAAAACUUUAGAAAUUGCUGCAUUCACUGCAGCAUGUAUAUUUAACGAAGGAUUUUUCCCAGUACUAAAAAUAUUGGAAGUCAUGGACGUUACGCUCGGCCCGUGCGCUGUCGCGUUUGCAAAAUCCUACAAUAAAUCUCGGAUUGCAAAAGCGGAAAAUGCCACAGCAAUGUCAUCGAAAGAAGCCCGAAAGAGUCGAAGAGCGGACAAAGUUGCAGAGAAUGAUGCCUAUGAAGAGGAUGAAGGCAUAUUAUACGCUCCAGGCAUCGACGAUUGA